UAACAGGCACAAAUCUAGGGUUAAAUGUCUGAAUUCUCUUUUUCUCUUAAUAAUGAAUAUCCUACCUUUUAUUGAACUACAUUUAUUUACGUGGUUUUGGUGAUGAUACUUGACAGGGCUGAAGACUAACAUUUUUUUACAACCUGAUAAUGUAUAUCUGGCAGAAAGAAUGGGCAGAGAAGCUGCUGCUGAUCUUCAUUCUAGGACUCUUGGACAAACGUUCAACCUCUGUGGGUUGCCCUUCAUCUUGCAUUUGUGCCUCUGACCUCCUUAGCUGUGUCAGAAAAGGCCUCCAUCAUGUUCCUGCAAACCUGCCUGCAACUUCUUCUAGCUUGGACUUCAGCCACAACAACAUCAGUCAUCUAUACAAUAACUGGCUGCUUGGACUUCCACGUCUGCACAUCUUACGUCUUAGUAACAACCAUAUAAAAAGGCUUCCUCCUCAUGCUUUUCAUAAUGCCUCCAAGCUGCGGCAUCUAGACCUUUCUUCCAACUUCUUGGAGAGUAUUCGGGAAGAGUUGUUCCAACAUCUCUCCAGUUUGGAGGAACUUCUUCUGUACAAAAAUAGCAUCAAGCAUGUGGAUGAUGGCGCCUUUGUCCACUUGAGCAGCAUUCGUAAAAUCUACCUAAGCUGGAACAAACUGACCAGUUUCUCAUUUAGCUCCUUGCAAAAUCUCACUAACCCCAAUCUACGCACCUUGGACCUCUCCUCCAACCACUUUCUAAAGUUGCCUGUGGAAGAGGUUUCUUCACUGCCAGCAUUUAUUAAAAAUGGUCUCUACUUACACAACAAUCCUUUAACUUGUCACUGCUCACUUUUUGCGCUUUUCACUCAUUGGGAUCACCGUCACUUUUCCUCUGUGGUUGACUUUUCCAGGGAAUACACUUGCCGAUAUAUGGGACACCCACGUGCUGUUGUGCAUAUUCUACAGACCCAGAAAGGGUUUGACAAUUGCUCUAUGGAUACAAUGCAUGGGUUUCCUGACACUGGUGUGAGAGUUCUUGUUGGCAAGCAUCUCAUGGUGACAUGCAAUAGCAGUUUUUCCCAGGAGAAUACAACCUACCUGUGGAUUACACCCACGUACGACUUCAUAUUCCCCCCAGGUAACAACAAUCAGAGUAUUAAAAUUCACCCAAAUGGUAGCCUGGAAAUCAACAAGGCACAAACCUGGAACUCUGGAAUUUACUUGUGCAUUGCAGUAAAUAGAAGACUUAGCUAUAAUUUCACUCAUGAAGUCAAUGUGACUGUGCAUUACCCCAAACAUGAUGGAGAGUCAUUUAACACUGGUCUUACCACGCUCCUAGGCUGUGUAGUGACCCUAGUUUUGGUUUUCAUCUACCUCUACAUGACUCCUUGCCGCUGCUUUCUCUGCUGCUCCAGACCUCUGCAGACUCCAAGUCCACCACAAGAAAGCAGUGCUCAAUCAUCCAUUCUUUGUGGAACUCCACCUGCCACAGACGGACCUAUUAACCGUAAAGCUGGGAUCAGCCGGCAUGUGGUCUUUUUGGAACCAAUCAAGGAGGGAGGGGCAGAGAAGAAGCCAAAGUUUCUUCAACUCAAGUCAGGCUCUGACAGCUCUGUGUUUUCGGACAGUCCCAUUGUGUCUACAUAG